AUGGCUGAGGCUGAGGUGAACGUUCCCGUGCCGGAGGAAGACAAACCUGAUGCGGAUACUGUGCAGGUGCUUCGGGACCUGGCCAAUCGCCUGCGCAUCCAUUCCAUCAGGACCACGUGUGCCUUGAGCACCGGCCACCCCACAUCAUGCAGCAGUGCUGCUGAAAUCAUGUCUGUGCUGUUCUUCUACAUCAUGAAAUAUAAACAGGAGGACCCAGAGAACCCGAACAAUGAUCGCUUCAUCCUUUGCAAGCGACUGGCAUUUGUUGAUGUGGCAAUCGGAUGGUACGGACCAGGACUGGGGACUGCGUGUGGGAUGGCAUAUACUGGCAAGUACUUUGACAAUGCCAGCUACCGGGUGUUCUGCCUUUUGGGAGAUGGUGAGUCUUGGGAAGGCUCCGUUUGGGAGGCAUUGGCCUUCGGGUCUCACUACAAUCUGGAUAAUCUCAUGGCCAUCUUCGACGUCAACCGCCUGGGCCACAGUGGCGUCUUGCCCAUUGAGAACUGCAUAGAGAUCUAUCAGAAGCGCUGUGAAGCCUUCGGGUGGAACACUUACGUGGUGGAUGGCCGUGACGUGGAGGCGCUUUGCGACGUGUUCUGGCAAGCAGCUCAAGUGAAGAACAAGCCCACUGCUAUCAUUGCCAAGACCUUCAAGGGCCGUGGCAUUCCAAGCGUUGAGGAUACAGAAAAUUGGCAUGGAAAGCCAAUGCCAACAGAAAGAGCAGAUGCAAUUAUCAAACUAAUUGAGAGCCAAAUAGAGACCAACAGACAGCUCACACCAAAAUUCCCUGUUGAAGACUCGCCUUAUGUCAACACCACCAAUGUAGAGAUGACCUCUCUGCCUGUUUACGAAGUCGGUGACAAGGUAGCUACUCGCAAAGCAUGUGGUUUGGCUCUGGCUAAGCUGGGCCAUGCCAAUGAUAGAGUCAUUGUGCUGGACGGUGACACCAAGAACUCCACCUUCUCUGAGAUAUUCAAGAAAGAGCACCCUGAGCGCUUCAUUGAGUGUUUUAUUGCCGAGCAAAACAUGGUGAACGUGGCGCUGGGAUGCGCUAUUCGUGGUCGGACCAUUGCUUUUGUUAGCACCUUCGCUGCCUUUUUGGCCCGAGCAUUUGAGCAGAUCCGUAUUGGAACCAUCAUUGAAUCCAACAUCAACCUUAUUGGGUCCCACUCUGGGGUAUCCAUUGGUGAAGAUGGCCCCUCCCAGAUGGCCCUGGAGGAUUUGGCCAUGUUCCGAGCGGUUCCCAACUGCACCGUUUUCUAUCCAAGUGAUGCUGUCUCCACAGAGUAUGCUGUGUUCCUGGCGGCCAAUACCCAGGGGCUAUGCUACAUUCGGACCAGUCGACCUGAAACUGAUGUUAUUUACUCUCCAACAGAAAUUUUUGAGAUUGGAAAGGCCAAGGUCAUUCGCCAGAGUGUCGAUGACAAGGUCACAGUUAUUGGAGCUGGAGUUACUCUGCAUGAAAUUUUAGUGGCUGCGGAUGAACUUUCCAAACAAGGUACUCCUAUCCGCGUCAUUGACCUGUUUACCAUUAAACCCCUGGAUGCUGACACCAUCAUCGCCCAUGCAAAAUGCACAGGUGGCCGAAUUAUUACCGUGGAGGAUCACCACCUAGAAGGUGGCAUCGGGGAGGCUGUGUGUGCAGCUGUUUCCAUGGAGCCCGACAUCCUGGUGCACAGCCUGGCAGUGCAAGGAGUUCCUCGGAGUGGAAAACCGAGUGAACUACUGGAUAUGUUUGGAAUUAGUGCCAGACACAUUAUAGUGUCUGUGAAAUGUAUGCUAACAAACUAAAAUAGCUGGUGACAUCUCUACAUUCAUACUUGUUGACAAACCAGCAUUUAAAUCUAUACUGUUUCUUCUUUCUUGUUAAAACAAAUUAACUACCUUCCAGUUAAGCCAUAACUACGUAUACAAGUUUUACUCACAUGUUUAAGCAAUUAAAAUGGGUUUUAAGAUUUUAAGUGAUAGAAUGGCUUUCAAAACAACCACUUAAUAGGAAGUUUUAUGAUGAAACUAACCGAUAUCUGGUCUGGGGAUCAACCUUAAGUAAUAGUAUCUUAAAUGUGUGUGUGUUUUUCUCAUAAGUAAAGAAAAUGUGAACUGUAGACUGUAACCGCCUGGGUUGUGCAGCACCACGCUGCACACUGCUGUCCCAGGCGGAGAAUGUAUGUGCUGCCAUCCUACCUGCAGCUUCCUGGGUACUGUGUGACUGCAGAGGCUCUGGAAUUUCAUCUCCCCUGUUACGGUGCGUGAGGCAGUAGUGAAAGCUCUUAGACUGUCCUUUGCUGCUUGAGGUGACUCGUCUAUGAAGAAAGAAUACAACUAGUUCUAGUAUACACACUGCACUCUUGUGAGGUCUCAAAUGUCUCAUUUGCCCAGUUACCAGACCAAACUGUUAACUCUUUUCUAUUCAUUUACUUGUUAAAAGUUAA